AUUUAUUGUAACAACACAUUAACGAAGAACGACUAUGACGACAACGGGAAAAUGCGUUAGCACUCGCAGAUACCACCAGUACCACAUAUGUUUCCUGCCUUGCUUUUGGCCAAUAUGAGCACUCGACCAACUGAACGGCUGGUGAGUGAAAGCAAAGCAGAGCGCGAGCAAAGCGGCGGAGAGCGUAAGUUCUUACUCACGCAUGGCCUCGAACAAGUUCUACAGCACAGCUGAAUGGAGGCGCACAAAGGAGAGAAUUCAGUUUGUUUCAGGCAGACAGUCAUAUAUUGAACCGGCAUCGGAAACCACCAACAAGUUGAGAAGUGUACGUGAAGCGGUUAACACGUCGUCGGUACCGCUUUGUUUUCAAACGAAUUGCGAAUUGCGAAUUGCGAAUUGCGAAUUGCGAACUAAAAAAAAUGUUUCAGUUUUAGUUUGAAGCAGUGAAUAUAUAAUAAAACAAAGGCAAUUUCACAAAUGUAACUUGAAGAUAAUAAAUUAUAUAUUUAUUUGAAAAUUAAUUUCGUGUUGAAUUCAGUCUAAAUAACGACUAAGUGACGUAAUUUCGAAAAGCUUUAAAAUUUUCAACACUAAACUGCAAUAUUUUGACGAUGGCCAUUGACAAAUCUACUCUCACAGAAAAAAAUAAUAUAGCAGUCUACAAUGAAACCACAAGGCCAAAGAAGCCUAAACGGAGGGAUAAGAGUGAUUUGGGACCAGAUUUUGUAGCACCCGAUGGCGGCUGGGGUUGGGUGAUAUGCUUUGCAGCCGGCUUCAGUAAUUUUGCAAUUUUCCCUGCAUUACAACAGUAUGGUUUUAUCUACCGUCAGCGUAUGGAAGUCUUAGGUUUUGACGCCAAACAGACUACUACAAUAGUGAAUAUUGUAAUGGCAAUAUCCUCACUAGUAGGCAUUGUAAAUGGUGCAAUGUUCAGAAGGUUCAGCUUUCGACAAGUAGCAAUGACUGGCAGCUGCCUUGUGUUUGCGGGAAUCUUUUUAUCUGCCUUUUGUACCACAUUUUUUCAAUAUGUGAUAUGUUUUUCCUGCAUUUAUGGAAUUGGUCUCGGUUUGACAAUGGCGUCAACGUCUUUAGCUGUCAACACCUACUUUAAAAAUCGUAGACGACGUGCUACAGGUUAUGCUUGGACCAUAACUGGCCUUGGUCCGAUUAUCUUCCCACAUGUAUCCACAUUCUUUAUUAGUUACUAUGGUGUACAAGGCGCGAUUUUACUAUACUCUGGAGUGUCGUUAAAUGCAUUCCUCUGCGCUAUAACAUUACAGCCAGUACUUUGGCAUGUUAAAAAACCUGAACAACCAGCAGUCACAAAUGAAAAAACCAAUGGAGACACAGUAACUAACGCAAUUACAGCAAACAACGCCAAUGACGAGCCAGAAUACCUCUGUAAAUACUGUGAAUAUAAAAACAAAUCUAAACGCAGCAUCUUUUCAUCGCAAUAUUUGUUUAACGAUGAUGACCCUGAAAAGCCGGGAUAUGAAAUAAUCGAGCCCAUCACACCUAUGUUAGCACGCGCUAAUGACGGUUGGUUUGGAUCUAAACUUUCUUUAGCUUCAGAAACAGGUAUGAAAUAUCGACAAAAAUUGCUUCGACAAGCUUCUAUGAAAAGUCGUGAAGGUGUUGAGGCAGGCAGAGGAGGAAUUCAUACCGAGCGCGGUUAUAACAAAUCAAACUACUUUAAUCGCGAACGUGAUGACAUUGAUCGUUAUACCAGCAAAAGUAGUGUUUAUUCUAAGUCAGGUGCUGAUGAAUUACGUUGCACUUGUGCAGAAGAAAAGGCUUUACUCCAAAAAAUAUCAGAUGAAGAAAUUAAGCAAGAACAAGAGAGAGCAAAGGCUGAACAAGAAGCUGAGGAAUUAGCAAAAAGUAAAAUGACAUUUUUCCAAAAGGUCGUGAAAUUCUUUGAUUUAGAUUUGUUGAAAGACUUUACUUUUGUUAAUCUUGCAUUGGGCAUGACUAUAAUGAUGUUUGGAGAAAUGAAUUUCUCUGUGUUAACACCUUUUAUACUGAAUAGUCUCGGUUAUACAGAUCCACAAAUUUCUUUAGCUAUGUCAUUGCUGGGUGGUAUGGAUAUUUUAGUACGUUUUCUGGCGCCGUUUUGUCUCGAGAAAGUAAAAUUAGAUAAUCGUUUCCUUUUCGCCAUUGGUAUCAUCAUAAUUGCUGUAGGUAGACUUAUUGUAACUUUGACGAACUCCUUCAACGUUAUUGUGGCAGUAUUUAUUAUGAUUGGAUUCGGUAAAGGUUUCCGUACAAUUUUUUCACCAUUGAUUAUACCAAGUUAUGUGCCGUUAAAACGUCUGCCGGCAGCUUCCGGUUUGCAGUUGAUUUUCCACACAAUCUUCUCAUGUGCUGUCGGACCUAUAUUGGGCAUUAUUACUGACGUUUACAACUACAAAGUGACAAUACAUUUCAUUAAUGUGCUCACCUGUCUCGCUCUAUUAAUGUGGCUUACUGAGUCCUUUGUUCGGCGCACACUGCGAAGAAAAUCUGUGUCAAUGGACGAUAACUAAUAACACCAUAAUCAUGAACCAUGCAGUUGGAUACCUAGUUAGAGAUCAAUUUCAAUAUUGGAAUUUAUGGAAAUUCACACCAAACAAUAAUUUACUUAUUUUAAUGUACUUAGAAGUAGAAAAAAAUGUGCCUUACGAAGAUUUUUGUGUCUUCCGUGAACAAAGUUCUCGACAAAAAAAUUUUGAAAGCCGGUAGUACCAUAUGUUUAUAUAUAUACAUAUGUAUUUAAGUGAGGUAUUAAAACUAAUAAUUUAUUUUUGUAUAAUUCUACAUUGUAUAUUUUUCCUUCACAUAAAAAUAGAACUUAUUAAGAUUAAGAAUAUUUA